AUGUCACAGGAUGCCAAACUGUUUUCAAGGGGGAAAGUCCAAGAACUCAGAGCAGAACUUCAGAAUGAUAAGAAGGACAAAGGGUUCCAAAGGAAGAAGAACACGCUCAAGAAGAUCGUUGCAAACAUGACCAUGGGCAACGACAUGGCACCUCUAUUCCCUGAUAUAGUCCAGUGUAUGGGAAUCCAAGUCUUGGAGAUCAAGAAGAUGGUAUACCUUUACUUGACAAACUACGCCAGAUCAAAACCAGACUUGGUCAAAUUUACCAUGGACGGCUUCCUAUCAGAUUCUCACGAUCGGAACCCUCUCAUUCGGGCUCUUGCUAUUCGCACGAUGUCUUACAUCUCCGUCCCAGCCGUCCACCGAGCCCUCCUAGAUCCCUUACGACACGCCUUAAAAGACGCCGAUCCCUACGUCCGGAAAACAGCCGCAAUAUGUGUCGCCAAACUCUUUACACAUGAUCGGAAGUUGGUUGAGAAGGAGCAAUUCAUCAAUAACCUCCGGGACUUACUGGCCGAUUCUAAUCCGACGGUAAUUGCGAAUGCCGUCGCGGCCUUAACGGAGAUUUCAGAAAAGAGUGAAAACAUUCAACUCCGACUCAAUCUGGUGAUCGCCAAUAAAUUGCUGUCAGCCUUGAACGAGUGCUCCGAAUGGGGUCAGACGUACAUCAUCGAGGCAUUGAUGUACUACGUCCCUGAACAGUCAGCCGAUGCCGAAAUCUUGGCGGAGCGUCUGGUGGCCAGGUUACAGCACUCUAACAGUGCUGUCGUGUUAACAACAAUCAAAGUGAUGAUCUAUUUGAUGAACUACAUGUCAAAUCCAGAAAUUAUGGAAACUCUUUGCAAACGAAUCAGUGCCUCUCUUAUCACUCUGCUUUCUUCAGGCUAUGAAGUUCAAUAUAUCGCUCUGAGGAAUAUCUUACUCAUUAUUCAGCGGAGACCAGCUGUUUUGAAAAAUCAGGUCAAGGUGUUUUUCUGCAAAUACAAUGACCCCAUCUACGUGAAAUUGGCCAAGCUUGAGAUUAUCUAUCGACUUGCCGGCGAUAGCAAUUAUGAGCAGGUUCUCACUGAGCUCGCAGAAUACGCAUCGGAAGUGGAUGUAGAUUUUGUCCGAAAAGCAGUUCGAUCCAUCGGAAGAUUAGCAAUCAAGAUUCCUCUGGCCUCAGAUCGUUGCAUCACGGUGCUUCUAGAUCUUGUAGCCACGAAGAUCAACUAUGUCGUCCAAGAAGCGAUCGUCGUCAUCAAGGAUAUCUUUCGGAAAUAUCCCAAUCAAUAUGAGGGUAUCAUCGGCUCUCUCUGCCAAAACUUGGAUGCUUUGGAUACCCCCGAAGCCAAGGCUUCCAUGAUUUGGAUUAUCGGGCAGUAUGCCGACCGGAUCGAAAAUUCCGAUGAACUCCUCGAGGAUUUUGUUUUCACUUUCUUGGAGGAACCUGUUGAGGUUCAAUUGGCACUCUUGACUGCUACCAUCAAACUCUUCCUCAAACGGCCGACCGCUGGGGCUGAAUUGGUCCCCAAAAUCUUGAAAUGGGCAACCGAGCAAGUUGACAACCCAGACUUGAGAGACCGGGGAUUUAUCUAUUGGAGAUUAUUAUCGACUAAUCCAGCGGCUGCCAAGAACAUCGUCAUGGCCGACAAACCUUCAAUUUCAACCGAGAGUGAAUCGCUUGAUCCCGCCGUCCUCGACCGGUUGCUAUUACAAACCGGGACACUCAGUUCCGUGUAUCAUAGAAGUCCUGAGAUUUUUAUCCGCCAUACCAAACCAAAAUAUCUCAGUGACUCGCCCGCUCUGAACCCAGCAGCUAAGAAGUCGUAUCAAGAAUCCAUAGAGAUUGCGGCUCGACGGCCGCCGCCGGUUCCGGAGACGAUGACUGUUCCUAAACCGAUGGCACCGGCGAGAGUGACGAGAGAAUCAACGACAAACGAGGAUAGUCCGAUGCAUUCGACUGUCGAACCAACGCCCUCCUCUCUUCCCAAUCAAGCAGCCAACGAAAUGGAAGGUGCGGUCGACCAAGAGGUCUAUCGGAGCAGUAGCUUGGAUGUCGAUGAAGAUCCGAUCGUCAAUCAGGAUGAUCCUUAUGCUGCUCUUAGUAGCUUGGACCCUUCCGGAUUCUUUGGUCAUCAACAGGAUAACUAUCAAACUGACGAGCCUCGACCUUUGAGUGGAAUGAUCCAUCAUCCCGGCAAUUACUCUUUAAUUUGA